CGCCCACCAUGUCCUCCCUCGCAGGAGCACUGCUCUCCCCCCAGACUAAACAUGACCCUCUACAUGCCAGCGGCUCCGCGUCCCCCAAGGAGGAAGACGCUGACAUGGAAAACAUAGACUAUAUCAAGCCCAGCUUGCCAGGCGAACACACCGACGAUGACGGCAAGGACGAAGACGAGCAGGAGGAGCUGAACGACCUCUUCGGUGGAGACGAGGACGUGAACAUGGUCGAGCACCAGAGGCCCGCUUCUUCCGCACCCUCAGAGCACGCGGACCAGGACGACGGACUGUCGUCCCCGGAACGCCACCGCAGAGAACUCUUGGAAUAUGCCGAAGAAGACGAGCCAGAGCAGGUUUUGGAACAGCGUCUCGAGGCCGAUGUGGCCAUUCCCGACAUCCCAGCGCCGAGGAGCUCGGAUGGCAGCCAUUGGGUUAUCCGCAUGCCAAACUUCGUCAAACUCGACUCCAAGCCCUUCCAUCCCGACACCUACGCCGGCCCGGAGGAGGACGACGAUGCACAGCAGGCCGAGUCCCUGCGCGAAAAGAGCAUGUCAAUUAAGCUGAAAGUAGAGAACACCGUGCGCUGGCGGUGGGCAAAAGACGAGUUCGGCCAGGACCGGAGGCAAUCAAACAGCCGCAUAGUCAGAUGGUCGGACGGCUCCCUCAGCCUCCAGCUCGGAAAGGAACUAUUCGACGUCUCCCAGUCCAUAGACACCUCCGGCGCCGUCCCGCGACAAGCCCUCGGCGGCGCCAGCCUCUCCCAAGCAUCCUUCUCCCAGUCCCAAUCCCAGUCCCAGUCCCUCGCCCAGUCCCAGUCCGCCCCCGGGACCACCGCCGGCCAGGGCCUCACCUACCUCGUCGCGCAGCACAAGCGCGCCGAGAUCCUGCAGUGCGAGGCCGUCGUCACCGGCUACCUCUCCCUGCGCCCCACCGGCAUGCAGUCCGAGACGCACCGCAUGCUCGUCCGCGCCGUCGGCCAGAAGCACAACCGCGUCGCGCGCCUCCGCAUGGCGCCCGAGCCCACCACCGACCCCGAGCGCGAGCGCCUCGAGCUCGAGAAGGCCGCCGCGCGCAAGCCGCGCAAGUCCCGCGGCGCCCUCGACGACGACGGUUUCGGGGGCGGCGGUGGCGGCGGGCGCAGCGGGGGCCGCCGCCGCUCCGGGUACGCGCGCAAGCGCAACGGGGACGACAUGUGGUCCGACGACGAUGACGACGACGACGGCGGGUUCGGGCGCGGCGGGUCCGAGGAUGAGUACGGGGACGAGGGCGGCAGCGGGCGCAAGGGCAAGCGCGUCGGCAAGCCGUCCGCAGGUGGGGACGAGUCCGGGCGCAAAGGGCCGGGCGAGUACCAGACGGACGACUUCGUGGUCGCGGACACGGACGAGGACGAGGACUUCGCCGAGGAAGAGACGCGGCGCCGGAAGCGCAAGCGGGCCGCGCGCGACGCGGAGGACGGGGACGCGGAAGAAGACGAUCUCGAGCGCCUCGAGGCGCAGAUCUCGCAGAACGAGGCGGCGGAGCGCAAGCGGCGCCAGCGCGACGGCGACGCGGGCGCCGGAGGGGGCGCCGGGGGAGGCUCCGCGGACAAGGACGGCGGCGAAGACGCGAUGGACGUCGAGAGCGAAGAGGAGGAAGACGACGACUUCGCGCCGCACCGGUCCCGGGCGUCCGGGCCCCGCAAGCGACGCGCGCUCGGGCUCGAGGAGGAGGAAGAGGACGACGAGUAAACCUAGUCCUGCGGCCCGCCGCUCACACGCUUGCUAGCUUCCAUCUCCGUCACCGUGUACCGUACUGCUAUCGUGUACCGCCCCUGCUGCUAUCGGAAAAUGUACUGUAAU